AUGCGAGAAGAGAACCAGGUAAACGACGAGAAUGACGUCGAAAGUACGAAUGAUGCGCGAAGUAAAAAAGAUCGCGUCGCAUUCGUGUUCUAUGACUUCGAACCCGACAAGACGAGACGCUCGAAGGAACGAUAUUACGAAACUGAUUUGGAAAACGAGACGCGUCAUUACGUGUUACAAUUGCACGGAUGCUUUUGGCAUGGGUGUCCAUCAUGCUUCCGAAUAAAUCGCGAAAGAAAAUUCAAUUCUUUCACCGAUCAUGGCGAUACGAUCGACGCGCGCUACGAGCGAACUCUCGCAGCGACAUGGCGUCUUCGACGACGGGGAUACCUGGUGAUGGAGAAAUGGGAGUGCGAUUUCGACAGGAAAAUACGUGAGAAUAAUGAGAUGCGCAAUUUUCUUGAAAAUGCUCAGAUAAUAAAGAACUCACCUCUCGAUCCGCGCGAUGCAUUUUUCGGUGGCCGAACGGGGAAUAUAGCAACCCGAUGCGAUGUUGCGGGAACGGAGAAAAUACGCUACAUAGACGUAUGCUCUCUGUAUCCCUAUGUACUGAAAACGGGUGCUUUUCCGAUCGGUCACCCAAAGAUCUACAUCGGAGAGGAAUGUUCCGAGUUAAUCGGCGUAUUUCCGGAUUUCGAUUUCAACUCGCUCGAAGGACUCAUUCGUUGUAAAGUACUCCCUCCGCGCGAUCUCUUUCAUCCGGUACUCCCGUAUCGCGUACGCGGCAAAUUGUUGUUCGCGCUGUGUCGGAGUUGCUGCGAAACGUUCUCUCAAGCUGAGUGUACUCACAGUCUCGCCGAACGUGAAUUCGAGGGUACCUGGGUAUCCUGUGAAUUACGCAAAGCCGUCGAGAAAGGUUAUCGCGUGUCGGAACAAUUGAAGCAGGAAGCUAGCGGAUGGCCGAACGAAUGCGUGGAUGACGAAGCUAAGGAGCGAUAUCUUCCGGAAUACGAGGAAACCGAGCUAUCGUUCUCGAUAAAAAUAACAUCGCUCGAAAUUCAGCGAUUGGCAGCUUUGCUCACGAGUCCAGAACACGACAUAACCGAUAUAUUACCCGUCAAUGACGAG